CCUUCGUCCUCCACCUCAACGGCUCAACCUCAUUAUUGUCAUUCACUGGCGCUUCCCCUUCUUCAGAUUCCCCCCGCUCAGGUAACAGACAGGAGGAGGGCCAAGGAACGAGAAGGGUUUGGGAUUAACAGCCGCGAAAAGCCUCCGAUCUCUUAGGUUGCUGCUGUUUGUUUGGAAAACAGAAGAAAGCCACACCAUGUCGAAAAAUUCUAAGAGUUUCUGGGCAUCAAAAAGUGAAGCUUGGAGCUUUCUGACUUUUGGCAAUCAAAUUUAGUAACUGAUUCGUAUGAGAUAGGCACCCUGCAGAAGAUCCUGAAGUCUUUUCUUGUAACUGGUUUAUAUGAUCAGACAUGGCUAGCAAAAGCACAAUUCCUGGAGUCCGGUUCGUAAGAUGCCCAAGAUGCAGGAAGGUUCUUGCUGAAAUUGCUAGUGUUCCUGUAUACCAGUGCGGUGAAUGUGGUGCCACUCUUCGAGCAAAACAUUAUAGUUCUACCAAUCAGAACAGCAAUGCUACUGCACCAGAGAUAACAGUUUCUGCGUCCAGUGGAGCACAUAGUUCAGCAUAUCUGGAUCCACAAUUGUCUAAAGCAGCAGAUGCUUCAAGCAGAUUUUUAAAUAAAGGAAAUGAAAUAGAACAUGAAGAAGGUUGCCUCAAGGAGAGACGAAUGGAGCUAGAAGAUAGUUUCUUCAAUGCGAGAGGUACGGAUUUCCAGAGUUCUAGUCCUACUCCUGUCGAUGUGAGAAAUGACAGGUCAUCAGACAACAAGGAGAAUGACAAUUUCUGCAAAGCAAGAGGGAUGGAUUUGCAUAGCUCUAUUUCUAUUCCUGCUGAUGUAACAAAUGUUGGAUCACUGGAAGACAAGGAGAAAACCAGCAAUCAUUAUGAUGAAUGUGGUAAUGUUUCGAAAAUGCCCAUUGCAAAUGCAUUUGAUGCCAAUCUUUCUUCUGUCAGUGAUAGAAGCAACAUUGACACUCCUCGGAAACGUGUGCCAAUGUCCAGAAGAACUUUUAGACAGAGAAAUGUGCAGGAUUCAGAGGAUACUAAUGCACACAAAGAAGAGAGUGUUGAAAAAAUCCAAGUGGUAACACAAAUUCAAACUCAAGAAGUUUCACAAGUGCCGUCAAUAGAGAAGCCAGCUGCUUUUGAUACAUUUGGUUCGCAUGCAAAUGAGUCUUCUCCAAAAGAAAAAGGUGAUUUAGUGAUAAACCCCUCUUUUGACUCUGAGGAUUUCCAUUCAGUUCAGAACUGGAAGGAACCAGAAAAUCAUGUGCAUUCAAAUCUAGUGGAGGUUCCUAAAGGCUCAGCCGACAAUCAAAAUGGUAGCAUGGCAGUUGAUGCCGAUUCAUUUGACAUCUCAAGGGCUGCAGAGGUUCCUAAGUUCUCAGUCAACAUUCAGCCAGGCAGCAAAGAAGCUGGCUUAAAUUCGCUUGCACACAUCCAAAUGAAAAUUCUAAAGAAGGUUGAUGGAUUGAGAGAGGAAAUCAAAGAAAUCUUUGACAUAUCCGAUGAGAGCAAAGCACAGCGGCGCCUUCGAGACAUUCAAGAAGAAGACCAUGCUAAGCACGUUAAGUCUGGCCUACAUCAAGCUCCUCCCAAAAAUUCCCACCAAAGAAAGGCAAUUCCUCGACCACCUAGGGCCAAUGGCAUUCCUUCACAGUUGUACCAAGUUCCUCACAAGAAUUUCCAUCAUGGAGGGCGCCAGGGGUUCGUGAAUCUUCCAUCUCAAAGCCACUGUCACAACGGAAUUUGCAGGGCUUGCCACCAUGAUCACCCAUGCUAUGCAACGGUGCAUGCCGGUUCCAGUCCCCCACCAUGUUCUCACAAAUCUCAGGUUGCACGGGAGGCCGAGAAACCAAACAACAAUGAUGGAAGACAGCAGAAGAAGCAACUUUGUCGCCCUGUUUUAGGUGGCUCUCCAUUUGUCACCUGCUACAAUUGCUUCGAGUUGCUUAGGCUUCCUAUGGAUUUCUUCAUAGUGUGGAGAAGAUCUUAUAAGCUUCAGUGUGGUGCUUGUUCCAAAGUUCUUACAUUUUCUUUCAGAGCUCCAAAACAUGGGAUUCCCCAUUUGUAUGAUGAGGCUGAGACACCAACAACCGAGUUGGACACCAGUACAGAUACUACUUCCAGACAUGAGAUCUCCAACUUUCCGUCAAACGAUAGAUCCCCAAGGGAACCUGUUUCUUACUCAGAAGAUUAUGGAUACUCUCUUGGCAUCAGCUACUCCGCUGAUACCGAAAUGCCGGUGAAUAUUCUCGGCAGAUCCACUCUGAUGCAUAACAGAAAAAGUAGGCUUAAAACAGGUUCACAACUGCAUCAGCUUAUGGGCUAUGGUUCAGCUAGUGAAAUCUUAUAUCGACACAGCGACAAUGAUGAAGUAUCUGAAUUCACAGAGCUGGGCACACCCCACUGUAAUACUCCCGAGGAAAGGUUUGUGGAAGAUGGAGUGAUCAGAAAAGGCUCUUAUAUUUCAGAUCCUUCAACCAGUCAGCACUUCUGAAGUUUUGCAGGAAACUGAUGAAGAAGACGAAUGUGAUUUUGUGUAGUAUGAGAUCAUUAGGUGCCCAAAGGGAUUAUAACUUUAGAUUCUUGUCUACGAUCCAAUUGUACAGUCCAUUGAUCAGGCUAUUUUUGUAUUCAUUAUAGUUUUUUUUUAAUCCAUUGCAGCUAUUCUAUUGAUCUA